CCAAUGGGAAGGCUCCGUACUGCCGGGUGUAGAGGGGCCGGCGUCGCCGCCGAGUUGCGAGUCGGCGACAGCGGCGGGAAGUUCGUACUGGGCCGAAGGCGACGGGUCUGCGGCUCGGGGUUAAGAAAAAAGACCUGGAGAAGUUGGGUCUUGUCUGAAUUCAUAGGAGGUGGACCUGGACCAUGACUUUAAUUCAGCCCAUUCUUAGGAAAUAUCCGUUUGUUUCUCAUCAUGUUAGACUCAAGAGAUACCAAGUGCCUAUCUGAUGAAAUGAAGUGACUUGGACAUUAUGAAGUGGUCUUAGGCUACUACUGCUCACCUCUUUUGCUUGGACAAAAGCAUUGCAUUAUUGUGACAGUCCAUGGUGAUAACCAAGAUGACUGCUAUGACUAAUGGGCGCUGAGGGUAUGCAGCAUGGACACAGUGGAUAAAAAGAUGAAACGUUGAAAAAUGCCUCGUGUGAAAGCAGCUCAGGCUGUAAGACAGGGCCCUGCAAAGAGACGUCUUGCAGAACAAUUUGCAGCUGGGGAGAUAAUAACUGACAUGUCAAAAAAGGAAUGGAAACUAGGAUUACCCAUUGGCCAAGGUGGCUUUGGCUGUAUAUAUCUUGCUGAUAGAAAUUCUUCAAAAUCGGUUGGCAGUGAUGCACCCUGUGUGGUGAAAGUGGAACCUAGUGACAAUGGACCUCUUUUUACUGAAUUGAAAUUUUACCAGCGAGCUGCUAAACCAGAGCAAAUUCAGAAAUGGGUUCGUACCCAUAAAAUGAAGUACCUUGGUGUUCCUAAGUAUUGGGGAUCUGGCCUACAUGAUAAAAAUGGAAAAAGUUACAGGUUUAUGAUAAUGGAUCGCUUUGGGAGUGACCUUCAGAAAAUAUAUGAAGCAAAUGCCAAAAGAUUUUCUCGGAAAACGGUCUUGAAGCUAAGCUUAAGAAUUCUGGAUAUUCUGGAAUAUAUUCAUGAGCAUGAGUAUGUACAUGGAGAUAUUAAGGCCUCAAAUCUUCUUCUGAGCUACAAGAAUCCUGACCAGGUUUACUUGGUAGAUUAUGGCCUUGCUUAUCGGUACUGUCCAGAAGGAGUUCAUAAAGAAUACAAAGAGGACCCCAAAAGAUGUCAUGAUGGCACUCUUGAAUUCACCAGCAUUGAUGCACACAAUGGCGUGGCCCCAUCAAGACGUGGUGAUUUGGAAAUACUUGGUUAUUGCAUGAUUCAGUGGCUUAGUGGCCAACUCCCCUGGGAGGAUAAUUUGAAAGAUCCUAACUAUGUUAGAGAUUCCAAAAUUAGAUACAGAGAAAAUAUUUCAGAUUUGAUGGAGAAAUGUUUUCCUGAGAAAAACAAGCCAGGUGAAAUUGCUAAAUACAUGGAAACUGUGAAAUUACUGGACUAUACAGAAAAACCUCUUUAUCAAAAUUUACGUGAUAUACUUUUGCAAGGACUAAAAGCUAUAGGAAGUAAGGAUGAUGGCAAGCUGGACCUCAGUGUUGUGGAGAAUGGAGGUUUGAAAGCAAAAACAGCAACAAAGAAGAGAAAGAAAGAAAUAGAGGAAAGCACUGAAUCUAGUGUUGAAGAUAUGGAAUGCUCAAAUAUACAGACAGAGGAGGCCGCACAAACCCGAAGUGAGGCGCCCCAAGGAGCAACUUAUGGAAGCCUGUCUCAGCUAGAGGCUAGCAGCAGCCCCUGUGACAGUGAGUGGGAACCAAGUUAAGGAGCACUGAUAAAGAUAGGGUUCAAGAACCAGAAAGAAAGUCCAGAAGUAAAUCAAAUGCAGUGAACCAACUUUUUUUCCUUUUCAUUUGACUUUUUUUCUCCUUUUCUGUUUUAAGUUUUAUUUUCAUGGGAGUGUUGAGGGGUGGGAAUAAUAAUUAAAUACCUAUGUCUUUGAAAAACAAACUUUUUUUUUUAAUUAAAAUGAACCCUUGUACAGUUUAUUAAAGGCUAGUUUAUGAAAUUCCAAAAUCUUCAGGUUUCCUCUUUAAGCUAUCUCAGUCUGUGUGUGCAUGAAGUUUUAGAGUACAUAGAAGAAAAAUUACCAUGAAAAUACACUUUUCUAAUCAUGUGCAUUUCUCAGAGUGGACAGAAAUGUUUGUUGGAGUCUUCAUUUUUAAGGAAAAUUUAAAAUAAAGGUCUCAUUAUUUGCUUGGUAUAAA